CAGGUUUAGCACACUGGAAGCAUGGCUACAAGUGCCGUUCCCAGCGAAAACCUCCCCACAUACAAGCUGGUGGUGGUUGGAGACGGAGGCGUGGGGAAGAGCGCUCUCACCAUUCAGUUUUUCCAGAAGAUUUUUGUGCCGGACUACGACCCAACUAUUGAAGACUCCUACCUGAAGCACACAGAAAUAGACGGGCAAUGGGCAAUUCUUGAUGUUCUCGAUACUGCAGGCCAAGAGGAGUUCAGCGCAAUGCGGGAGCAGUACAUGAGGACCGGAGAUGGUUUCCUUAUAGUCUACUCGGUGACAGACAAGGCUAGCUUCGAGCACGUGGACCGGUUCCACCAGCUGAUCCUCAGAGUCAAGGACAGAGAGUCCUUUCCAAUGAUUUUGGUGGCGAACAAAGUUGAUCUAAUGCAUUUACGGAAAAUUACAAGAGAACAGGGAAGAGAAAUGGCAACAAAACAUAAUAUUCCCUAUAUAGAAACUAGCGCCAAGGACCCACCUCUAAACGUUGACAAGGCCUUCCAUGAUCUGGUGAGGGUAAUAAGGCAACAGAUCCCAGAGAAAAGCCAGAAAAAGAAGAAAAAGACCAAAUGGCGAGGGGACAGAGCCACGGGCUCCCACAAACUCCAGUGUGUGAUUUUGUGACGGGACUGCCUGGGAGUGCCUUGGACGCCUCCCUCCUCCCCCCUUGACCCACCGCCACCCCAGGCACGGAGCAGCAGUGCGAUGCCCACACGGCCCUGCCGCCCCCUCGGGCUCCCCACGGCGCUCGGGCUCGGCGGAGGCGGCUCGAUGGGGACCGGACCCCCCCGGAGGGGGGCUGCGCGUCGGGGCUGGCGUGGGAGCCGCGCAAACGGGAGGGGGAAGGGAUCAGCAGGGCCCUGACUCUC